CCUAUUGAGACCUACUCCUUCGAAGGUAAAACGGUUCUCAUAACCGGCGCCUCCUCUGGCAUUGGCCUCGAAACCGCCGAACUCUUUUAUUCCCUCGGCGCCAACAUCGCCUUUAUCUGCGGCCGAAAAACGCCGCCGACCAAGAUUCCGCUCGAGUCUCCGCGUACCUUGCGUAUCAACCUCAACCUCUCUGACUGGUCUGCCCUCUCCGCCGCAUUUCUCGCUACGUAUGAAAAGUUCGGCCGCAUCGACAUCGUGGUCCCCAAUGCCGGCCUCGCUGAGCCGCCGGGACAGUAUUUCAACCUUCAGGAAGAUGGCGAGGGAGGUUUGAAGCCACUGGAUAUGAUUGCCGUAGAAAUCGAUAUCAAGGGGACUAUGUACACCAUAGCGCUCGGGAUCCACUAUCUCAAGAAGAACCAGAACCCCACCGGUGGUAGUAUCGUUAUCAUGUCAUCAAUGGCUGGCUACGAAGGCGUCUCGGGCAUGCCCGGCUACUCCGCCUCCAAACACGCCGCCACCGCCCUUUUGCGCUCUCUCCCGCGAAACGCAGCACCGCUCAAUAUCGCAGUGAGCUUGGUGGCGCCAAGUAUGACAUAUACGCCUGGUGCGUUUCCAGGGACUUAUAAGCCUGGAAAGGCAGCUUUUGAAGAGAUGGAUGCGAAGAUGAAGAAGGUUGGGGUGAAUAUGAGCUCUGCGUAUACGUGUGCGAACGCGGUGGCGUAUCUAGUGGAGAAGGGGUUGGAUGCGAAUGGGGUCAGUUUGCUGGUGGAUCGGGACCAAAUCACGGACCUGGAGAGUGAGAUAGCGGCCUCGAGGCCCGCAUGGUUU